AUUGUCAUUCGUGUCCCACUUAACAGAUCUUAAGGACCUCAACCAGGUGAACAGGAUUUCUAAUCUAAAAUUUAAGUAACUGUAGAUUUAGGCUGGGUUCUUUGUGAUGAAAAAUAGCCCAUAAUCUGUGCAAGUAAAUGAUUGUGCCCUUUGUUGAGUACUGGUUUAGGAAAUGGAAUUGAAGAGAACAGAGCUCUCCAGGCUUUGGGGAUGUUCUAGAAACCCCAGGAUGUGCUGCCUGCCUCUCUAAGCACUUCACCUGCCCCAAAUGGCAAGCAAGGUAUGAGUGGUUUGAUUUUGUUUGUAUAGAUUAAAUUGCUAUGAAAGCACAACUCUGUUGCUUUUGAGGGAGGACUAUGCAGUACCAAUUAACUGAAGCAAUUUUGAAAGCUGAAGGGAAAAUAAUAGUUCAGUGUCUUGAAUUCUAAAUAUUUGCUUUAAACACGCAGAAUGUUAUUUUCCUGUCAUAAUAGAUAGUCAGAAUAGUGACGCUUGUGGGACUGUAGAGAAACAUCUUAGUAGACAACUGUUACUUUGUACAAUAGAAAAAAAAGCUGUUUUUUCUAAGGUCAAUGUUUUAUUCUUCUGUUUUGUUGGCCUACUAAGGGCACUGCUGCUCUGUAGAAAUGCUUCUUCUGGUUACAAAGACAUGGGUUUAAAAUAGAAAAUCAAGCUAAGGAAUAGCUAAGGGCGUAACAUCCAGGCUGCGUUUUAGCCUACAAAUAAUUCCCCCAAUAAAGGAGAAGAUCUCAGGCCUGGAAAUAGUUCAGCUUAAAGGCAGUUUGAGCAUUGGGAGGCCUGGGGAGUAGUUCAUAGCCAACAGAUUGCACAGUCCUGCUCGUACAGCACUGGAGCUGUGGUUUGAUGUCAUGUUUUCAUCGUGAAAAACAAAUUUUUGUUACCUCUUGUGCUUUUCUGUACCCUAAAAGCACUGGCAGAGCCUGAGGAAAGGCUAGGGCAGAUUUCUACCACUACAACAGUUGAUCUCUCUAGUGGAAGGUGUUUGGAGGUCAGCCAUGCCUGCCCUUCUCACAUUAACCCACCUGGCUGGAGUCUUGGUUCUUUGUAGGUGUUGAGUGCAGUCGCAGAAGCUGAUAUUUUUUUUUGCAUGAUGUAAAGAUUUCAUAUAAAAAGCCAAAAGGGGAACAAUCUCCCACUCAAACCUCUCGCAGUACUGAAAAAUAGAAUUCGUGCUCAGAGAUGGCAGGGCUUUACUUAAUUAAAAAAUUGUUUAGAGAACAAAUAUUAAAAGUUCUGAGAAAGGUUUUACUGCUGUCAGCAAGUACAGUGGGGAACACUGAGUUUAUCUGUGUCUGAGUAAGCUAUUCCUGUACAGAUGUGGGUGAAAUGGUUAAACUUGCUGAUAGUGCUGGAAGUAGAAAGUGAUUUUACUCUCUCAGUUGAGUAAGAGCCAGCACUGGAGCAUGAUCAGAGAUAGAGCUGUAAGGGUAAAACCAUACCCUACUUUAUUAGCUUUCCAAAAGACAUAGAACACUCUCCUGUUAAAGAUUCCUGUGCUAAAGUGAUUCAGGGCACAGUUAUGCUUUGGACUUCAGGUUUGUAUCAUCUUUAGAGAACACAUAUUUUGUUUUGCUGGGAAAGCAAUGCCCACUCUUUUUUAUCCCUCCCUCCCCGAAGAGGGUUCAGAGUCAAUUUUGUGUCCAUAACACAUAUUGCCUUUUAAAGCUAUAAAUAGAGCCCCAGUGGACUCCCCGGGAAGCGUUCUUUGCCGGGACCCGGCUUCCCCGCUGCCGCAGCUGCCCCCGUCAGCCCAGCCCGGUGAAUGCUGCACGCCCGAGUCAUCGCCAGGAAUAAACCUCGGACAACAACAGCCUGCCCGACCUGAAUCAUCCCGCCGCUGCUGCGGGAACAGGAGCCAGCCCGUGACUUCACUCGCAUGCUCUAUAUAAGUCCAGGAAAACAACAGGCGCUCGCAGAGCUCACGGGCUGGAUUUAAUCAAAGUCGGGAACGACCUGGGAGGGAUUUCAGCGAGGGAGCACCGCAGUUAUGUCACAGCCAGCCCCUGUGAAAAAGAAGCGUCCUCCAGUGAAGGAGGAAGACCUCAAAGGAGCCAGAGGAAACCUUGCCAAAAACCAGGAAAUUAAAUCUAAAACCUACCAAGUGAUGAGGCAAUGUGAACAAAUGGGUUCCGCAGCACCUUCCAUAUUCAGCGGGGCUCGGACAGGAGGUGAAACAGUCUUUGAAAAACCAAAGGAUGAACCAGCCAAGAGCGUCUUUGGCUGACAGUGGAGCUGGACAUGACUCACCAAAAUGAUUGUUGUAACAUUUUUCAAACUUUCUGUUCCUUGCACUAAAGUCACUGUAGACUCAAGUAGCUAAUUUCCACUGUAAGUCCUUAAGUAGGGAAUAUACUCAUAUCAAAGAGUAAAACGUCCGUGUUCAUUUUUAUUACAUGCCUUCUUUCUAUAUAUUGGAUAAUGUUUGCUAUAAUUGUUUAAUAAAAAAGGUUGUUGGACUCA